GCAAGCAAGGCAUCUCUGUGGAUAUUGAAGAAAGGAGUUACUUUCUAGCCUAGCGGACUUCACUUGCUUACUCUGGAAUCACAGCUUUUUUAUUAAGAAGCUGUCUGUGUGGCUUGGGAGGGGUGCUGUGCUUAAGGAAAAUAAAGAUCCCAGCCACUACUCUGUUUAAGCCCUCCUGAACUCUUUGCACUUCUGAUCACCCCCCCAUCGCUAUUAUGGAGCCCAACAGUCCCAAAAAGAUCCAGUUUGCUGUGCCCUUAUUUCAGAGUCAGAUAGCACCUGAGGCAGCUGAGCAGAUCAGGAAAAGAAGGCCCACACCAGCUUCUCUUGUGAUUCUCAAUGAGCACAACUCACCAGAAAUAGAUGAGAAGAGGGUGACCAACUCACAAGGAGAAUCACAGAAUGCAUCUCCUAAGCAGAGGAAGCAGAGUGUUUAUACGCCUCCUGCUAUGAAAGGGGUUAAACAUAUGAAGAACCAGAAUGAUUCAGCAUUCCCAGAGGAAGAAGAAGGAGUAAAUGAAAGAGAAGAUCAGUGGGACCAUUAAUCGCAGAAAUGAGGAGAGAAAGGUUCUUGUGAAUAACUGAACUGCUAACCUUUCUGAAUAUCCCCUGGAACUCCAUUGCUUGGCUUCAGGAAGUAUUCUCCAUCUUGGCACUCCAUAAUCAUUCAGUAGUGUAUCUUCAGGGAAGCACUCCACUGGAUUCUAGAACCACGUACAUCUUCUUCCAUAGUACUUAUUACCCAGGAAUAAAUAUUUAUUUUAUAGUAAUCAUUCUUUGUAAUGAUUUAAAAAUGCCACUUGCAAACAUGUUCGCAAUCUAACUUUAAUAUUGCCAGUGCUUAAUUCCUAAUGUCUUUCUGUUAUGAUUUGAAUUAAAGAUCAACUGUAAAUACUCCCCUUCUAAAGCUACAUAAUAAAUACAAAAUGCCUUUAGAAAUGCUCAUGUGUUUGAGUCAAACCUGGAGAAAAAUGUUUAAUGAAAGGUGAACAUCUAAGUCAGGCAACACAUUUAUAGCAUUUAAAUAUACAGUUUAGGUUUUAGCAUGUGGCUCAAAAUGAUAAUACUGGCUCUAUUGAGUCUUAAGACUACACUAUAUUAAUCUCUUAGUGCUCCAUAUAAAUACUUAUUUCUUUCUCUAUGACUGAGCUUUAAUGGUAUUUAAAAUAAACACUGGGUUUCUCAUUUCUCAAAUUCAGAGAAGUUCUUUUUCUCAGUCUUUUCCCUUCCUGAUCAAAACAAAACACAAUGAUUUUUUUUAAGCCUAUAGGUCUAAAAAAGAAAUUUCUUUGUUUUGCUGAAAAUUUAUCAUCAUUGUAUUUAUUUGUAUUAUUUCUAUUUUCUCAAGAACAUCAAUGUUGUUUAAAUAUUUCUUAACCUUAAUAUUUUAAAAAUGCUAUUUGCUCCAAGAGACUACUAUACCCACAAACCUUUCGUUUCUUUAAAAUGGUGUCAUCAUCUGAUAACUACUAAUAUGGUAAGUAAGCAUCCUCCAUCCAAUUCUAAAUGCAAU